AUGUUCAACCCAAAUGAUCUUCAGUUUCACUUAAAUAACGCACUGCAAAGGAUACAACAGCUCGAAAGCGCCAGUAUUUCUCCUAUAAACAAUCAGUCAUCGACAAAUUCAAGUGGAAAUAGUGGUUUGACGUUAACGGAAGAACUGCGAAGAAGUUUUCCCAGCUUAGCAAAUCUGCGACCUAACCAUACUUCAAGUUCUACUUUAAGUUGUUCAACAAAUCCAACAACAAGCUCGACACAAAUGCCGUUGACUCGCGCUUCAACGUCAAAUUUUGGUGCCAACAAGAAAAAACGAAAGCGUGGAUCGACACCUAAAUUGAACAUAAAGCCAAAAGCAGCCCACAAAGAUUUGGUGUUGGUCCCUGACACAGUACAAACCUCAGUCCCGACUCAUUCAUCUCGGGUUAUGUUGGAAAGUGAUGGUUACGUUCUUCAUAGCUUUCCUGUUGUAAGAGAUUGGGAUGACAUCCAUUUAAAAAAGGAAAUAGAAAAAGUCUUUCCGCAGAUCCAGUGUUGUGGUGAUGAGUACAUGAAGGUAAUUAAUACAUACGGCAUAAUAUUUUGCUAACAAACUAUAAUAUAGCAUGGGUAGUAGUUAGGAAAUCUUAAGAAUUCCUAGAAUUUUUUUGUGGGGCCUGGAAAAUUGUUCGUUUUCCUUGUUAUAAAUGUCCCUCACUUAGAGAGAAAUACCCCCCCCCCCAACCCCUAUUUUAAAGAAAGACAGUCACAUUAUCUAUCCAAACAACUCUAUUAACCGUCCUAGAAAUUUGGUAAUUUAAAUGGGACAUGAAAUGCCCUUCAUUUGAUGACCCCCACCUCCUCUGUUUGAUGACUCUACCUACAUGAAAUACAAAAAUUAUUUUACCAAAUCCCCCUGCAUUAGAAAGCUUAUCUUUUAAAAACUGCAGUAGGUAUCUUGUAUGAUCCAAAUCCUUUUAACCUAGUAACUGAUUAAGUUGCAUUGUGCCCUAAAGGCCCCCCUAAGGGACUGGUCAUAAUUUAGCAGGAGGGGUUGGGAGGUGGAAACAGUGGGGGGACACAUAUUUUUUAGCCAGGAAAAAGGGGGGUUCAUAAAAUAUUAAACAGUUUAUGAAGGCGGUGAGGGGGUCUGCUGUUUUAGUUCAAUUAAUUGUUUUACACAUGCCUUCUCACAUUUUGUUCUUCUCAUAUCAGUCCCUAAUGCCCUCUAAUUGGUUCAUGUAAAUCUGCGUCGUGUUCAUUCUAAUGCUGUUGUUUUUAACUUUUAUCACAACAACGUCCAUUAAGUCUUGUUUCCAUUCUAUAACUACCAUUAAUUUAAUGGGCCAACAGUAUUUUUUGGUUUAUUAGUUAGAGAAACAAUAACUACUAUUUUGUUUGAUUUAAAAUGUGAUGUGGUUGAUUUAUAAUGGAUUACACAAACAUCUAUUAUUUUUAUAUGUAUUAUAUAUAGGCCUUGCAUGGAAAACUUGUUUCACCAAAUUUGGCCCCGGGAGUUAGAAUGAACUGCAAUAUGCUGCUGAAACUAUCAGGCCAAGGCGCAGUGUACAUACGCUCAAAUGUAAAACUUGCUUCUGGUAGUGACAGUGAUCAUUCUGACAAUGAUGAUUUUUUGGAGCCAUCCAUAGCUGCAGUAAAACAAGAUCCAGAAAUCUUAGAAAUUCCAUCUGAGUCUGAUAUUGAAGGUAGAUAUUGACUGACAAAUGAAUGUAUAAUAUUAAUGCCCAGCAUUAAUACAUGAAUUGCAUUAUAUGACAUUGUUGCCCAUAUGAAAAAAUCCAAUUGGAAUUUGGGAUAGUUUCCAAUAGAAAUUCCUAUUGGAAUUUCAAUUGGAUUUUUUUGUAAGGGUGAGUCAUGGAAUAGUGAAUUGGGGGCUUUAUAUAAGCAGCCAAAAUUUAGGUUUAACAACAUAGAUGUUGCAGAUACAUAUUAAAUUAAUGGCAUCACUGGAUACUAGAAAAUUUAAAAUGAGGUUGUGAUGUGGAUGUUUACUGCCUGUAUGACAUAGAUAUAUGUAGCAUUUUAACACUUAUGCAGAAGUAGGAUUCUGGAUUCUCAUGGGGAUAGUAAAAUGUGGAAUCCUGUCAUUGCUAUAGUACUAGUGGAAAUGUGUUUAAAUUUUAGAUGUUGUAAUGAUAGAACAAUCUAUUGGUAUUGCACAGUCAGUUCCAGAAUCUGCUGGUGUACAUGCACAUAUUGUUGAUGAACAAACUCAAACUAACGGUAAUUGUUAAGAAAAAUUGUCUCCAUGAUGAAAACCCAAGAAUAUUGAGCAUUGCCUUGUUUUAAUACUUUUGUGCUGGUCGGAUUGCCCAGUUGUUGAAAUAGGAUACUGAAUUCUCGUGGGAAUACCAAAACCUGGCUGGAAGAUGUAGUUAUUGUGUGAUAGGCAGUACUUCAAAGUUUAAUCCUGUUGCUGCCAGCUGCCAGGUUUACUUUGAGUACACCGGUCUUCCUCCCUCGCUCCUAGCCAUAUUUAAUGAUAACCACAGAUAACCCCCUAAACCUUUGUGACACUGGGUUAUGUAACUUGUUAAAGCUUUCCAUCCAUCCCAGGCUGGGGAAUAUGCAUAUUAAGCGCCAGCGCUCUCCCCUUGACGAGUAAAUCGUCUGGUGUUACACAGAGUAAAAUAAUAAAGUAAGGUGCAUCAGGGCGCAAUGCGACUUAAUGGGUUAAUUUAACUAAAUUCAACAGGAAAAAUAUUAAAAUUUUAGAUCAUGUCACGGUAGAACACACUAAUGGCAUUACAGAGCCAUUUCCAGAAUCUACUCCAUUAAUUGAUAUCUUUGAUGAACAAAACCAUGAUAAUGGUACGUAUACAGUAAGUUGUGGAGAAAAUAUAAACUAAGGGGUAGUUUAUAUGGAACCUGCGCUAGCUCUCUUUGCUGAGAUUUAACGUUGCAUUACACUAAUAUUCAUCUUGCAUUUAUAUGGGAACCAGACUGGCCCGCCUGACUCUCACCUCCAUAUAAACACCGCCUAAUUGUUGAGAAACAGAGAACGGUCUAAGAAUAUAAUCCAGCACUUGUUGUUGUAAUUCCAUUUCCCCACUUUGAAUAAACUUCUCUGGCAUUCAACUGAGUGAAAUACAGUAACAAAUGGUCGUUAAAAGUCACAUUUUAUUAAAAAAAGAAAAUGACAAGCAGUACAAAGCACAUGCAAAGGUUAAGAAUACUUCAACGUUAUACACUAAUGAAUUUAUUCCUUUGUAAGCGUUUUUCACAUAUUACUGUGGCCAAUUAAUGGUUCUGUUAAGCUACAGCAGCAUGUAUAAGUCAGUACAAGGGUGCAUGUAAAUGCAAUAUUCCUAUUAUAACACUUAGUUUUUUCCUAAUUUAGCACAUCAAUUAACAACUGAAACUGGUGUAAUUGACCUGAAUCAUAUUGUCAAUUAUCCAGUGAAGGCUGUAACAGUGCACAGAACAACCCUCAAGAAUGAUAUGAUUCAACUCUUUCAAGACCCAGACACACUUGGUAGUCUUUUAAUGUUUACUGUAAUAGGUUUUGAUGGUUCGGCUGAAAAGGGUGAAGGUGUAGGUGUAGCUAGGGAUGUUCUCACAAGCUUUUGGCAGGUUUUCGUUGAUUCAUUGGCUGUAGGUGUGCAGGAAAAAGUUCCCUCAAUAAGGCAUGACCAUCAAAAAAUGCAGUGGGUUGCAAUUGUUAGAAUUCUUAUUUAUGGUUACCUCAGGGAAAAAUAUUUUCCAAUUUCACUUUCCUUAGUAUUUGUUGCUACUUGCUUGUUUGAAGAAGAAAGUUUAACAAAUCAUGACCUACUACAAUCGUUUCGAAUGUACAUCUCAGACAAUGAGCGUGAGACCUUUGACAAGUGCUAG